AUGUCAGCCAGAAAGGGCUAUCUGCUCCCUUCGCCAAAUUAUUCCACAACAAUGUCAUGCUCAGAGAGCCCGGCUGCAAACUCUUUUUUGGUAGACUCCUUGAUCAGCUCGGGCAGAGGGGAAGCGGCGGGAGCAGGAGGCGGAGGCGGAGGCGGAGGCGGCUACUAUCCCAACAGUGGGAUCUACCUGCCACAAGCGUCCGAUCUGUCCUACGGGUUGCAAAGCUGCGGACUUUUCCCCGUUUUGGGCAAACGCAAUGAAGGUACUUCUCCAAGCAUGGUCCCCACCUCGCACCCCUACGUGUCCGGCAUGGAAGUGUGGCUAGACCCCCCGCGGUCCUGCCGCAUGGAAGAGCCGGAGAGCCAGCAGCCGGGCCGCUUCGAGGCGCCCCCGCCUCUGCCUUCCGUGCCGGGCGCCGGGAGGACCGAGGACGAGGAGCGCUCCCCCAGCCCCUUGGCGUGCGUCUCCCAGAGGGAGGAAGAGACUCAGGCUUCAUCUUCGACGGCAGAGGAGCUCUCGCCAGCUCCGUCAGAGAGCAGCAAAGCCUCUCCUGAGAAAGAGCCCGUAGGCAAUUCAAAAGGAGAAAAUGCAGCAAACUGGCUAACCGCAAAAAGUGGCAGAAAGAAACGGUGCCCCUAUACCAAGCAUCAAACUCUCGAGCUGGAAAAGGAGUUUCUAUUCAAUAUGUACCUGACUCGUGAGCGUCGCCUAGAGAUCAGCCGCACAGUCCACCUCACAGACAGACAAGUUAAAAUCUGGUUUCAGAACCGCAGAAUGAAACUGAAGAAAAUGAACAGAGAGAAUAGAAUUCGGGAGCUCACAGCCAACUUUAAUUUCUCUUGA